UUCUACGAGGCGAGAGUGGAUGACAUCACAUCCGACGGUCAGUGCACUGUUGUCUUCAAACAUCGCAAAGUGUCUGAAGUCUGUUUGGUUUCAUUACUCAAACCCAUCGGUAGAAAGCGAAGCAAAAUGUCGACAAAUACUUCCAAUUCUUAUGAUAAUAGGGUUAAACGACAGGCAGUGACCGAUCAGAAGGAGUAUCUCAAGAAAAAGCAACAGAAGAAGAAGGAGAGACUCAAAGACCUGGAAGAGGAGCGCGAAAAGGACAAAGUGAAGUGGCAGUCAUUCAACACUAAAGCGUAUAAUAAGAACCUGAAGGGCGCCACCAAAAAGAGUAUCUUCGCGUCGCCUGAAUCCGUGUCCGGAAGAGUAGGCGUCGGAACUUGUGGUGUGGGCGGAAAACCGAUGACUGAAUUCACUCAUCAGGAAAAGUGGAAGAAGGAAAAGGCCGGCUCUUCAGGUAUGGUCUCUGGCGCUCACUCACGGCUCGCACACAAUCAUAGAUACAAAUAAAUGGAUAAAUAUUUUGUUUUUUGUAAAUUAUAUGUUUAUUUAGCUCUGAUUUAUAAUUAUUUUUUUCUCAUUAAGAAAAUAAUAUUUUGACAUUUCAUUC